AUGACUGAAUACCGCUCCAUCUCAGUGCCCUCAAAUGUCGAUGAUGAGCAGCAGAUGGCUCUGUUGACGCGGAGCUGUUCAGCCACUGCUAUUGAGCAUGGAUUUCCGGAUUCCCAGGCGACUCAUCUGCCAAUGAAGCACGAUGGCAGCGACACCCCAAGCGCCAUGAACUCCUCACCACCGCUGGUCGUUCAUCACCCCCAACCAAUCUCUGCGGCAGUUCCUCGCUUCCUCACGCCUCAAAAGUCACCCGCCGCAUCGCCCUCGCCUUUGCUCUUAGGCUCGUCACCACCUUACUUCCCUCCAGCCUCGCCAACACUAUCACCAUCAGGCUCGCCUUCGCCCUCACUGGUACUGUCGCCUUCACCUUCAUCCUCACCACCACUGUCAGAGAGCUGGAUGGAGAUCGACGCCCCACAAGAGAGCUCUUGGGAGGUGGAGCUGCGUGAGGAGCUGGAGAAAGAGCUGCAGCGGAUGAGGCAGGUGCAGUGGGAGGAGGAGAUAGAACGGGAGAGGGAUAUGCAGUGGGAGAAGGAGAUGCAGCUGCUGGAGAAGGAGAGACACGAGAAGGAAAUGCAGCUGUUGGAGAGGGAGAGAUACAAGAAGCUGGAUGCCAUGGCCACCCGCAAACGUGGCAUUCGGAAGCAGCGGAAGGACAUUCUGCGUCUGCGGGAGGCGGUACCAGCGUGGCUAGUGAAGGAGAAGCUCGCUGAUCUGGAGAACGAAGAGUUCCUGUACGGAUUAGAAUAG